AACCUAAACCAUGCGUCGCUACUGGCACCGCUUGCUUCGGCUACGGAACCUCAUAUUCCUCGUCCUAAUCUUGAUAGUGCUAUACACGCUGAGGUCCUGGGCCGACAGCGAGCCGCCGGUGGUGGUGCCACACCUCAGUGCGUUAAGCGGCACCAAAAUUCCUAUAUUUGUUCCUAAAAGCAAAAAGAAAAUAGAUUGGCACAACUACAUACAAAUAGAACAGGAUGAAAAACGCACGGGUAUCGGAGAGCAAGGCAAGCCGGCAUCUUUGCCGUCAUCAGACGCGUCUCUGGAAGAGAGUCUUUACGCUGUGAAUGGCUUUAACGGAGCCCUUAGUGACAAGAUUCCUCUUAACCGGUCGUUGAGGGACAUCAGGCAUAAGUUGUGCAAGACCCGCUUGUAUAUAGAAUCACUGCCUACGGUGAGCGUGGUGGUGCCGUUUCAUAACGAGCACUGGAGCACCCUGCUCCGCACGGCGCAGAGCGUCGUGAACCGCUCGCCGCCGCAUUUACUUAGAGAAGUGUUGUUGGUGGACGACGCUAGUACCAAGGAUUUCCUAAAAGGCAAGCUAGACGCGUACCUAGCCGCGAACAUCCCUAAAGCCCGGGUCAUACGGCUGGACAAGCGCAGCGGGCUCAUCACGGCGCGGCUGGCGGGCGCGCGGCAGGCCGCGGCAGACGUGCUAGUGUUCCUGGACUCGCACACGGAGGCCACUGUCAACUGGCUGCCACCGCUGCUAGAGCCGAUAGCACUAGACUACCGCACGGCGGUGUGUCCGUUCAUCGACGUGAUCGACUACGCCACGCUGGAGUACCGCGCGCAGGACGAGGGCGCGCGCGGCGCCUUCGACUGGGAGCUGUUCUACAAGCGCCUGCCGCCGCUGCCCCGAGACCAGGCCCGCAUGCCGGAGCCCUUCCCGUCGCCGGUGAUGGCGGGCGGCCUGUUUGCGGUCUCGCGCGCGUGGUUCUGGCAGCUCGGCGGCUACGACCCCGGCCUCGACAUCUGGGGCGGCGAGCAGUACGAGCUCAGCUUCAAGAUCUGGCAGUGCGGCGGGCGCAUGCUAGACGCGCCGUGCUCGCGCGUGGGCCACAUCUACCGCAAGUUCGCGCCCUUCCCCAACCCCAACCACGGCGACUUCGUUGGCAAAAAUUACCGGCGAGUAGCGGAAGUGUGGAUGGACGAGUACGCGGAGUACCUGUACGCACGGCGGCCGCACUACCGCCUCAUCGACACCGGGGACAUCUCCGAGCAGAAGGCCAUCCGGCAGACGCUCAAGUGCAAGUCGUUCCGCUGGUUCAUGACACAGGUGGCGUUUGAUCUCACUGCCAAGUACCCGCCUGUGGAGCCAAAAGCGUUCGCGGAAGGAAGGAUCCGUCCAAUGGCCGCGCCAGACUUGUGCGCGGACGCCUACCACGGCAACAACAAGGAGACGGUUCUACUGAAGCCGUGCCAAGACGGGCUCAGCGAACAAGUGUGGGAGUUCAGCUGGCACAAGGACAUCAAAGUGAAAACUAGGAGGAUAUGCUGGGACCUGCCGGAGUCUUUGCCCAACAGUCCUGUGCAUCUAUUCGACUGCCACCUCGGCGGCGGCAACCAGGAGUGGCGGUACGACCCGAAAACGCACCAAAUCCGCAAGUCGGCCUCAAUAUGCCUAGACAGCUCGGCGGCUAACCAGCAGUUGUUCGUAUUCCCGUGCGACGCCAGCUCGGGGUCGCAGCGGUUCCUGGUCGAUCAGGUGGACCACGCCGCGCUGGCGCGCUGGGACUCGCUGCACCUCGCCGUCACUGGGCCCGAGGUGCCCGACUGGUACAUAGACCGCUAGCAGGUACGGGGGGAACUGACGGCCAACGAAACAAU